AGUUUCAUUGACGUCAGCUUGACAUUUACUGUCUUCGGCAGAUUGAGAAAUGCUCAUAGUUACGUAAAAUAUUUUAUUUUCUGUAAGUUUUGUAAGGAAUUAAGUUUUACUGUAAUAACACAUUAGAUGAUCUAAGUUUGUAAGUGAAGUAAAGAAGCAGUAAAUAAGCAAAAUGCAAGUUGUUAAAGCUUUAGGAGCUUCGGCUUCUACCAUUCAUUCUGUAAUAAAGAAAGGAGGAUUUACACCCAUGAUAGAUAUUAUACGACAAACACAUCUGCCUGCGCCGAACCCAAAAGAAAGAAGACCCUAUUCACCUUUCCAAGACACUAGUAAUAUGGCAGAAUAUGCUGUGGCUAGGCUUGAUGAUUUGUUAAAUUGGGGAAGAAAGGGUUCUAUAUGGCCCAUGACAUUUGGUUUAGCUUGUUGCGCUGUUGAAAUGAUGCACAUUGCUGCACCUCGUUAUGACAUGGACAGAUAUGGUGUGGUAUUUAGAGCUUCACCCCGUCAAGCAGAUGUGAUGAUAGUUGCGGGGACUUUAACCAAUAAAAUGGCUCCAGCUUUGAGAAAAGUUUAUGAUCAGAUGCCUGAUCCGAGAUGGGUUAUUUCUAUGGGUAGCUGUGCUAAUGGUGGUGGUUAUUACCACUAUUCUUAUUCAGUUGUAAGAGGAUGUGAUCGCAUUGUGCCCGUUGAUAUCUAUGUCCCUGGAUGUCCACCAACAGCCGAAGCUCUACUGUAUGGAGUCUUACAAUUACAAAAAAAGGUUAAGAGAAUGAAAACAGUUCAAGUUUGGUAUAGGAAAUAAAGCUAAUUAACAAUGAGCGACGAAAUACGAAAUAGUGUUAUUUAUUCUCAUCAUUGCAGUAACAUGAUCAUAUAGUAGAAAUUUCUAUGUUUUAUUUUAAUUACCCUGACUUGUUAUAUAAAUAUUUAAAGUAAAAUAAAUUUCAAAGAAACAAAUUUAUUAAGGGUAAAUACCUAGGAGAAAAUCAUGUACUCAAACAGCCUCAUAAGAAAUUCAUAAUUUUAUUCUUUUAAUUUAUUCUUAGUAAAAAUAGAACAGUACAUCAUUUUUGGAACUAA